GUAAAUUUGCCGUCCUUGCCGGCCCAGGUCUCAUAAGACUGCGAUUUUCGCCGGUUUUUCUCUCUCUACAGUGUUCUCGUAUACACACACAUUUACACUAUCAAAUCUGUUCAUAUUUUUAGAGAGAAGAGUCCAAGCAUUUUCUUCACUGCUUAACCGACUUCUUCGCUUUAUCUUCUCUGGCUUAGAAACCCCAAAUAAUGAUGUCUGGUGAAGCUCUUAGAGAUCUCAAUAUCCUGCCUGAGUGUGAGAGGAAGACUCAGAACUCCAUUAAUGGGAGCUUUUCCAAGCCUCAUGUGGAGCAUACUACUGAAACUCUUGAAGAAAUUCAAAGAAAAGAAACUUCUUGUUUGGUUAAAACUCUUAUCAAUGGAUGUGAAACUCCGAACUCUGGCGUCGAGGUGGGAAAUUCAGAAGUGGAAUACAUUGAAUCUGGGGACUUGAAUGACGUAGAAGAUGUGGAACAGAGUCUCAAGACACUCUUAGCUGGCUUAGACUCCAAAGAUUGGAUUUUGGUGUGUGAGGCACUUAAUGAUGUACGCCGGCUCUCGAUAUUUCAGAAGGAAGCUAUGGUCAACAUGUUGGAAAGAGUGAUUCCCCUCAUUGUGAAGUCCCUGAAGAAUCCCAGAAGUGCGGUUUGUAAAACCGCAAUUAUGACGUCUGCAGACAUUUUCAGUGCAUAUGGUGAUCAUAUAGUUGAUUCACUAGACCCUGUGCUUGUACAACUUCUUCUCAAGUCUUCACAAGACAAACGAUUCGUAUGUGAGGCUGCUGAAAGAUCUCUAAUAGCUAUGACUACUUGGGUUUCCCCCAAUUUGUUGUUACCAAAGUUGCAACCUUAUCUGAAGAACAGGAAUCCUCGAAUUCGAGCGAAAGCUUCAAUGUGCUUUUGUAAAAGUGUACCAAGACUGGGAGUUGAGGGAAUCAAAGCAUAUGGGAUUGACAAGUUGAUCCAAAUAGCUGCAACCCAGCUUAGUGACCAGCUUCCUGAAUCCAGGGAGGCAGCUCGUGCUCUCUUGUUGGAGCUGCAAACUGUGUAUGAAAAAUCUCUUGUAUCCACACCACCUACAGUAACUGAGGACCCAGAGAGGGGUUCUUGGGAGCACUUCUGUCAAUCAAAACUCUCACCUUUAAGCGCUCAAGCUGUCCUUCGCGUGACAAGUAUUACUCGUGAGGGUCUUGCUCUGGGUUCCUAGCAUGAGUAUACAAAGCAUAUAUGGAACUUUAGUGAGAAGUAUCCUCUUUCUCCUCUUUCAUUGUUUUGGUUUGGUUUCUACUUCUAGUUGUGAGUACAGUGAAACAUUGAGAUGAUUGGAAAGGCGGUUGAAGCAUGUAAUUGAGCUAUAAAUCGUUCAACAGUUUUUUUAUUUGGUCCACAGUUUAAAGUUAGAUGCCAUUCUCUUUGUUAUGGGAGGCAUGAUGGAGGAUAUCCUUGAGGCGGCAUUUUGCAUCUUUAAUAUUCACGUUAUCCACUGCC